AUGGCGUCCUCUAUUCGUCCAGCAUCUCGCCUGGUCGCGAGACCGCUGUCCUCCUCCUUGGUAGCUCUUCGACAAGCUCAAAGCUCGUCACCGUUCCUCGUCCGCGCUACUACAUCCCAGUUCCAUACCUCAAGAACACAAUAUGCCACACCCAUGGGCCCGCCACCAAAAGGCUUCCGGCUGCCCAAGCCUAAGCGAUUCGACGAGGGCGAGCACGUAGUCGACAAAGCCAGCAACUACUUCCUCAUGACCGAGAUGUUCCGCGGCAUGUAUGUCGUGCUGGAGCAGUUCUUUAGACCACCCUACACAAUUUUCUACCCAUUCGAAAAAGGUCCCAUCUCCCCCCGUUUUCGAGGCGAGCACGCCCUCCGCCGGUAUCCCUCUGGCGAGGAACGCUGCAUUGCCUGCAAGCUCUGCGAAGCCGUGUGCCCUGCAUCAGCGAUCACAAUCGAGGCCGAAGAACGAGAGGACGGUUCGAGGAGGACGACACGAUACGACAUCGACAUGACGAAGUGCAUCUACUGUGGUCUGUGCCAAGAGUCGUGUCCGGUAGAUGCGAUUGUUGAGACGCCCAAUGCCGAGUAUGCGACUGAGACGAGGGAGGAGUUGUUGUAUAACAAGGAGAAGCUGCUGUCGAAUGGUGAUAAGUGGGAGCCUGAGUUGGCGGCUGUGGCCAGGGCGGACGCUCCGUAUAGAUGA